GUGCGAUGGCCUGAUCACAUACUCUCCUGAACAAAGCGAGGGAUGCGGUGGGAGUUGUGCUGGAACUCUCUUGUUUGUGAAAAGACGAGCCCGUGACUGUGGGGAGCCGACUCAGCGAUCAUCAGAGCCUAGUGUGCGAGGUGCUAUACAACAGGGCGGAACAGUGCGCCGGCAAAGGUAAACAGGGCCUUUUUAAUCAAUCAGCACAUGUUUGAAAGCGGGGGAACAGUUGAGAAAACGCAGGAUGUGAAGGGAGGCGGGCCAAGUUUGUUCGGGAGGUUAUAAGUAGAAGAGCUAACCGUGCGGGGAAUACAAAAAGGACCGCCGCUGCCGCACUGGCCCAGUCUGAUGAGAUUUGUCUGAGCUCACCUUCCAUUUCUUCUCAUCGACUCUCCAGCUUGUCUCUGCCUCCUUUUUUUUUUUUUUUUUCUUUUUCUCCCUGAUCGGAGCAAUGCAUCCCCAGCGUCCUCUUCCUCAGGCCGUGCCCUCUUCCUCUAUAGCAAAGAACCUGAGGGACAUGGCCAUGGGUCUGGGGAGAGGCAAGAACUUCCUCGGAGGAAACGCCACCUACGGUUUCAUCCAGUCGGUCAAGGAAUGCCUCUACUUCCUCCUCUGCUGCUGGUGCAUCAAGGAGAUCCUGGACUGACGGAAAAAGAGAGGAUCGAGUGGUCAAACAUAGAUUUUUGCCUUUUCUCCAUCGGCUCCUGUAGUGUAAUUUCAACCAGCUUUUAUUUCACCGGGAAUGGAGUGACCAGUGGUGGUGGCAGAGCAUUGGCAAGUAUCAGUCCUGUCUCAUAUGACAACAAAACAUUUCUGCCUAAUUCAUAUGAUUCAGUUUGUUUUGAAUUUCUCAAAGCAAGGUUCUCAAUUUCAGACUGCCGCUAUUUCAAUGAGGAAUAGAUGAACUACAUCAUAGAAUUAUUCAAUAUGUUGAAAUAUCUUUUUGAUCUGUUUUUUCAGUGUCUGUAGGAUGCUCCCAGGAAACACACUUUUACAGAAGCUGCAAAUUCUGAUGACACACACAAGAGGUCAAAGUCUCUUCUGAUCUGAUCUCUUGAGGAAUGGCAACCCUGAUGUUGUGUAUAACACAAACUGGUGUGCGAUGAAUAAAGAAACUAAUGGCUAGAAAUAAAAUUACCUUUAUGUCUGUA